AUGAGUGAUAGCCCCUCCGAGACUCCAAGCGCAUCAAACUCCACGAAGCCUACCAAUACCAACGACACAUCUCGAACCAGCCCUCUCGCAGGCUCUUCUACCCGUCAAGACUUUACGGAAACUCCUCAAUCUACCGCUGAACAAACCGUCUCCACGCCAGUGAUUGUUAUCACUAAUCCACAUACACCUUCACCCGAGUCUACUCCUCGACCAAACCGCUCCAUACUUGUGCGUCACCAAUCAACAGGUACUUUAACUUCUUCGCAAUCUCCCGGUCAACAAGGCUCCUCCAGACCUUCUGACCGUCUACAACGAUCGCAUUCUCAACCCAUCGAAGCAGCUAGCAACAACACUACAAAUACAAUGUCUUCUUCCGCCUCUUCUCCAUCUGGCACCUCUACUGCUGGCAGUAACUCUGGAUCUGGCCAGGGCUACCAACUCCCUUAUGCUCCCUUCCCGUACCCAAUGCCUGCCCAACCCCGAGGAGGCCAGCAGCAAGGAGGCCAGGGAAAAUAA